ACCAGGCUACUACUCUACACAGCUAUAGGGCCUCGAUUAGACUGCUGGAUAUAUUAUUGAUCUGCUACUAGACUGCUUUAUCUACUAUAGAUCAGCUACUGGACUGCUUUAUCUAUUAUAGAUCUGCUAUUGGACUGCUUUAUCUAUUAUAGAUCAGAUUCUGGACUGCUUUAUCUAUUAUAGAUCAGAUUCUGGACUGCUUUAUCUAUUAUAGAUCAGAUACUGCACUGCUUUAUCUAUUAUAGAUCUGCUACUAGACUGCUUUAUCUAUUAUAGAUCUGCUACUAGACUGCUUUAUCUAUUAUAGAUCAGAUUCUGGACUGCUUUAUCUAUUAUAGAUCUGCUACUAGACUGCUUUAUCUAUUAUAGAUCUGCUACUAGACUGCUUUAUCUAUUAUAGAUCUGCUACUAGACUGCUUUAUCUAUUAUAGAUCAGAUACUGGACUGCUUUAUCUAUUAUAGAUCUGCUAUUGGACUGCUUUAUCUAUUAUAGAUCUGCUACUAGACUGCUUUAUCUAUUAUAGAUCAGAUACUGGACUGCUUUAUCUAUUAUAGAUCUGCUAUUGGACUGCUUUUGUGCUUUUAUAGAUGAGGAAUACCAUCGGACUAAAAGCCGACUCUACGCCCUUCCAGUGUGUUUCUUAGAUAUUAUAACACAGGUGUCUGGCCAGGUGGGUAGUGCAGGUGGGUAGUGCAGGUGGGUAGUGCUCACCACUCAACUCCACUGCCCCAAAAAGAACAGAAUGGACCAACGACAGCUUCUCCCCAAUCUCCAUGGAAACAUCUCCUCCUCCCCGGGCUCGGUCAGUGAAGCGCUGCUCUCCAGGACGGGCUUCACCAUCCUGGCGGUGAUCGUUGGUGUGUUCUCGGUGUCCGGAGUCUGUAUGAACGUCCUGGUCAUCGUGGUGACGAUGAGACACCGGAAGUUGUUCCAGCCUCUGAACUACGCCCUAGUCAACCUGGCAGUGGCUGACCUGGGCUGUGCUCUGUUCGGGGGACUGCCCACUAUGGUCACCAACGCUAUGGGCUACUUCAGCAUGGGGCGGCUAGGCUGCGUGCUGGAGGGUUUCGCUGUGGCUUUCUUUGGUAUUGCAGGUCUGUGUUCAGUGGCCGUGAUAGCUGUGGACCGUUAUGUGGUGGUGUGUCGACCAAUGGGGGCGGUCAUGUUCCAGACCAGGCAUGCAGUCGGAGGGGUGGUCCUGUCCUGGGUGUGGUCGUUUUUAUGGAACACCCCGCCUCUGUUUGGCUGGGGCAGCUUUGAACUGGAGGGGGUUAGGACCUCCUGCUCCCCAAACUGGUACAACAGGGAACCAGGAAACAUGUCUUACAUCAUCCUUUACUUCCUGCUCUGCUUUGCCAUUCCUUUCUCCAUCAUCAUGGUCUCCUAUGCUCGCAUCCUCUUCACACUGCACCAGGUGUCCAAGCUGAAGGUGUUGGAGGGCAACAGCACCUCCCGUGUGGAGAUACAGGUUGUGCGUAUGGUGGUAGUCAUGGUGAUGGCCUUCCUGCUCAGCUGGUUGCCCUACGCGGCCUUCGCCCUCUCUGUGAUCCUUGACCCCAGCCUCCACAUCAACCCUCUCAUUGCCACGGUGCCCAUGUACCUGGCCAAGAGCAGCACUGUCUACAACCCCAUCAUAUACGUGUUCAUGAACAGACAGUUCCGGGACUGUGCUGUUCCUUUCUUGCUGUGUGGUCUGAACCCCUGGGCCUCAGAACCAGUGGGCUCUGAAGCUGAUACCGCCCUGUCCUCCAUCAGCAAGAACCCACGAGUCUCACCCCAAUGACAGCAACUUUCUAUUUUUUUGUACAAUGUAAAGUUGCUGUUAUAAAAUAUAGUUUGAUGUGCAAUAUUUGGUUGUAACUGUUUCAAGAAUACUAAUAAAAGUAUAGUCCAUGAUAUAUGGACAGAGACAUCUCCAAGUGUAUUGGAGAUCAUUAGUGUCACAAGGGCUUUAGGUGGAUCCGGGUUCCUAAUCUUAAUCUGAUUUACUACAAAUAUAUUUAAAUCACCUGCUGCCAUAUCCCGGUUUAAUCUAAUCUAAAUUAAAUGCAUCUAAAUGGAUAACAUGAUCAAAGGGAGCAAUACAAAAGUAAUUGCUGCAAUCCAUGAAUUCACGAAAGAAACAAUUGCUGUUUUUAACAUUGCUUUUAUUGCCUCACACACAUGUAAAUGACAGCAAAAGAGAUUAUAAUGUGUGGAAGUUAAGUGCAGAACCCUCCCAACCUACACCCUGACCCCCUCAGUCUCUCAGACGUUUUCUCCUUCAACCUGGAAGAGAAGGAAGCCACUGAAGGUG